AACCUGAUUUCCGGGUUGCGCGUACGGGGGAAUGUGUUGAGCGCUGCACCCGGACGUCGGCGGCUGGCUGAGCCGGGCGGGCGAAGCUGGAGCGGCGGUGGCGGCGGCGGGGGGAGGCCGCGGCUGAGGCCGGGGCCGGGGCUGCGAGGCCCUUGGGGCGGCAGGCGGUGGCAGCCCGGGGCUUGAGUCCGGAGGCAGGAGCGGUCGCCAUGGCCGAGAGCAUCAUAAUUCGUGUCCAGUCUCCGGAUGGAGUGAAGCGGAUCACAACAACAAAGAGAGAAACAGCUGCAACAUUUUUAAAAAAGGUCGCAAAGGAGUUUGGCUUCCAAAAUAAUGGCUUCUCAGUUUACAUCAAUAGAAACAAGACUGGAGAGAUAACAGCAUCAUCCAACAAAUCCCUCAACUUGCUAAAAAUCAAGCAUGGCGAUUUGUUGUUCCUGUUUCCCUCAAGUAUUGCUGGGCCCUCAUCUGAAAUGGAGACAUCGGCCCCACAGCAGGGGGUGAAGGCCUUUGGUGCUCUCAAUGUGGUAGAAGAUGAGAUCGAUCAGUACCUCAGCAAACAGGAUGGGAAGAUUUACAGAAGCCGUGACCCACAGCUAUGCCGCCAUGGCCCUUUGGGGAAAUGUGUGCAUUGUGUCCCGCUAGAGCCAUUCGACGAAGACUACCUAAACCACCUUGAACCUCCCGUGAAGCAUAUGUCCUUCCAUGCCUACAUCCGCAAGCUGACUGGCGGGGCCGACAAGGGAAAGUUUGUUGCCUUGGAGAACAUCAGUUGCAAGAUUAAAUCAGGGUGUGAGGGACACCUUCCGUGGCCCAACGGCAUCUGUACCAAGUGCCAGCCGAGUGCUAUCACACUGAAUAGACAGAAAUACAGGCACGUGGACAAUAUCAUGUUUGAGAACCACACAGUAGCUGACCGCUUCCUUGACUUCUGGAGAAAGACAGGGAACCAGCACUUCGGGUACUUGUAUGGUCGGUACACAGAGCACAAGGACAUCCCUCUUGGCAUCAGGGCAGAAGUGGCUGCGAUUUAUGAACCCCCUCAGAUUGGGACACAGAACAGCUUGGAGCUUCUCGAAGAUCCAAAAGCUGAAGUGGUCGAUGAAAUCGCUGCCAAACUUGGCCUGAGGAAGGUUGGCUGGAUAUUUACUGACCUCGUCUCAGAAGACACCCGAAAGGGUACAGUCCGGUACAGUCGGAAUAAGGACACCUACUUCCUGAGUUCAGAAGAGUGCAUCACUGCAGGGGACUUCCAGAACAAGCAUCCCAACAUUUGUCGUCUCUCUCCAGAUGGACAUUUUGGAUCCAAGUUUGUUACUGCAGUGGCUACAGGUGGUCCCGACAACCAGGUCCACUUUGAAGGGUACCAGGUGUCCAAUCAGUGCAUGGCCCUAGUCCGUGAUGAGUGUCUGCUGCCAUGCAAGGAUGCUCCAGAGCUCGGCUACGCCAAAGAGUCCAGCAGUGAGCAGUAUGUGCCUGAUGUGUUUUAUAAGGACAUAGACAAGUUUGGUAACGAGAUCACCCAACUGGCCCGGCCCCUGCCCGUGGAGUAUCUGAUCAUAGAUAUCACAACAACUUUCCCCAAGGAUCCAGUUCAUACUUUUUCUAUUUCGCAAAAUCCAUUUCCUAUUGAAAACCGGGAUGUGCUGGGUGAGACACAGGACUUCCAUAGUUUGGCCACCUAUUUGUCCCAGAAUACCUCGUCCAUGUUCUUGGAUACCAUCUCAGAUUUCCACCUCCUGCUGUUUCUAGUGACCAAUGAAGUCAUGCCCCUACAGGACAGCAUCAGCUUGCUUCUGGAGGCGGUAAAGACUAGAGAUGAAGAGCUUGCGCAGACGUGGAAGAGGUCUGAGCAGUGGGCCACCAUCGAGCAGCUCUGCAGCACAGUUGGAGUGCAGCUCCCAGGCCUCCAGGAGUAUGGAGCUGUUGGGGGCUCUGUGCACGUGGCCACUGCUGCCAUGUGGGCCUGUCAGCACUGCACCUUCAUGAACCAGCCAGGCACGGGCCACUGCGAGAUGUGCAGCCUCCCCAGGACCUAGGGCUCUAGCCCUUGCUGGGUGGGACUGGGCCCAGCCCAGCCCUCUGAAGCCAGGAGCGUGGUGCAACAUGUUGCCUGUGACAGCCCUGUAGUGGGCAGCCCUGAAGGGCAGGGGCUGGCUGCACUGGGUUUCUGACCCACUGAAGCUUCUCAGCACGUUUUUCCCUGGAGAGGGAGCCACAGCUGGUGUUGGUGUUCUGCAGGUCAAAUGAAUCUCCAAACUGGAAGUGCAGAGUGGUCCCCAGCCAAGAAUUCCCCACCUGCCUGGCCCAGUUGACAAGCCCCCGUGCUGUGUUAGGAGGACCUGCAUAUCUAAAUCGCCACCUGGAAUGAGGGGUGGGGCCUGCUACCACCACCCAGCUUUCUCCUUCCUUUCUGACGCUUUCUGACCUUGUCUCCCACCCUGUAUUGGUUGGUUGGGAGCGCUUAUUGCCUUUGUCCCCUGUUGCUCUGGGGCAGAGACCCUGCCUGUGAGGGCCACUUUUCCUCUCUGACAGCCAUUGCCUGGGGGAACACGAGUGGCAUUGCUGAGACCUGUGGGCUUCGGGUUACUUGGCCACCUGCCUUUUUCCUCCUAUGUCCGACAUCCAGCUGGGAUCUAAAGCCUGCGUUGGUUACAAUAACAGUUACCAGUAAUUCCUACCUGGAAGACUUUUAUUUAUUUAUUUUUUUAAGAUAAAACUGCACAGAAGGGGAGUGAGAGAGACUAGUUUCCACUUCCAUCCCUCCUCUAGUAAAGCCCCUUGAGGGUGUGUGGAGGGUGGGCAUGUGGACAGGGGCCCCACAGUCAGGUCUCCUGUGAAGUAAACCUCAGUGCCUGAGACUUUUCUACCAAGCCACACAUCUGUGACAUCUAUAGACAUUGCUGGCUGAACUCAAGGGAGGCGGGGUGGCAUGGUGGUUCUCACCUAGUGGGCGGCCCCUCCAUAUGGCCCGGGUGGGGAUAGCUUGGCAACCUGGGACCAGAUUUUCUGGUCCCCUCCCCACUUGCUGUUCUCUAUUCCAUUGCGCCACUUGGCCCCAGCCUUCUGGUACAGCCAUAUGGCCACCAGGACCGGCCUGGGUGAGGCUGUUAGGGGCUUGGCCUCUUGUGAGGGCCACUUAGGGCCUCUGUGCGGAUUGGACAGUUGACACUGUACAGACAGUGAGGUCCAGGCAAACUUGUGGUAGGAUCUUAUGUGUGUGCUCUGUGGCCUCCCAAAUCUCCUCCGUAGGGGGCUGCAGCUUGCCCCCACCAAGGGAGCUGUGGGCAUCUCAGUGCCGCUUUGCCUUAAAGAUAGUCGUGUCAGAGCUGCCCCAUGCCUUUGGGCAAGGCUGGCUCAGCCACAGACUGUGGUUGGAGACUUUUGUGUCCACCUGGGGGGGAAGCCUGUGUGACCCUCCCUCAUCCUUGGCACUGUGGACAGAGAGUGAUUGCCUCUUAUGUAACUAGGGCCAUGGCCAGCACCUCCAGGUCCACCUGGCUGGGGACACCAAGUGAAAGGCCCAGGCAGUUUGUCUGCUUUUGGUACCAAGGUCCAAUUGGGAUGGUCGGUUGCAGCACAGCUCUCCUGGGGGCAGGGCGGUGGGGAAGAUCUGAGCUGAGCGGACCCCAGCUUGUUGGCCUGCAGCUGUCAAGAAGGUGCUGAGGCUUCUGGGCCCAUGGUCAUCCUGGAAGCUGGGUGGCCUGGGCUCUCUGUGACCUCAGCAUGCCUGUUUGCCUGUUUCCCAGCCAUUCGUGCCCACACUUCUUCCCCUCCCACCCCCUCGCACAGGCUGGACAGCACAAACUUCUGGGGACCCUGCUGCAGCUUCCAAGCUGCUCUUCCACCCGCUCUGUCUCUGCCCCCCACGCUACUUUCCUUUCCGCCCACAGCAGUGUCCCCUUCCUGUGAAGUUUUGGCAUUCACAAAAUUUAUAUUUUCUUUUGUCUUUUAGUUAAAGAAAUAGUGUUGUGAUUUCUCUGCUUCUGGUUUUGAGUACUCUUUGUUCAGUAAUGCACUUUAUUUUAUUGUCCAAAGAGAGUCAGAGUUAAGCAUAAAGUCUGGGGGUGAGUCCUGCCCUGCCUGGGCUCUGGGAGGCUCAGCUUUCUCUUUUUCAGGGUGCAGGCCUCAGCCACACCUCCAGUUCUCUCUCCUGCCCUUGGUGUGGAUACACCCUCAAGCUACUAGGUACCAUGACCCAGUGAGGGUUGAGUGAGAGCAUACCUGCCCAGAUCAACACACAGCAGCUGCCAUGUCCCCUGGCGCCCACCCUGCCCCACCUCGGCUCACCUCUGAGCAGGUGCUCCUGGGACACAGCACUCCAGCUUACCUCUGAGCAGGUGCUCCCAGGAUACAGGUGCUCCUGCUUUAGCUCCAUCUUGGGCUGGCUGGUGUUCCCUGGCCGGGUUUGGACCAACUCUGCAGUGGAACCUAAUAAAGCGCCUGAAUCAACUGCCCUACUCCUGGCGUGUUGUUCCAUUAUCUG